GAGACGCAGGAUGCAUACUGGCUGCAGGAUGGCACUGUCCAGGGGUCUGAGGUGCUGCCAGAGAGUGCUGUCCUGGGUGCCCGUGCUCAUUAUCGCCCUGGUGGUGCUGUGGUCUUACUAUGCCUACGUGUGGGAGCUGUGCCUUGUAACUGUAACAUACCCAUUGGAAAAAGUUACAUACCUUAUCAUUUUCCAUGCUGUUUUUCUGAUCUUUUUUUGGACAUACUGGAAAGCAGUUUUUACUCCCCCAAAGCAACCAAGUAAAAAGUUUUUGCUGUCCUACGCAGAAAAGGAGCGAUAUGAUAAUGAGGAAAAUCCAGACGCUCAGAAGCAAAUACUGGCGGAGUUUGCAAGGAAAUUGCCAGUUUACACCAGGACUGGGAGUGGAGCUGUACGUUUCUGUGACAGAUGCCAAGUAGUGAAACCUGAUCGUUGCCACCACUGCUCCGUUUGUGGCAUGUGUAUCCUAAAGAUGGAUCAUCAUUGUCCAUGGGUGAACAAUUGUAUUGGAUAUUCAAACUACAAGUUCUUCCUCCUGUUCUUGGCAUAUUCAAUGCUGUAUUGCCUGUACAUUGCUUCUACUGUCUUCAAAUACUUCCUACUCUAUUGGACAGAUGAAUUAUCCAAUGGACGAGCCAAAUUCCAUGUCCUUUUUUUGCUCUUCGUAUCGCUCAUGUUUUUCAUAAGCCUUAUGUUCCUCUUUGGCUAUCAUUGCUGGCUGGUUGGUAUGAACAGAACCACCCUGGAAGCGUUUGCAGUCCCAGUUUUUCAGACUGGUCCUGACAAAAAUGGCUUCAACCUUGGCGUCCGGAGGAACAUUACACAGGUUUUGGGGAAGCAUUGGAGAUUGUGGUUCAUUCCAGUGUUCACAAGCCUUGGUGAUGGAUUUUCCUUCCCCAUGAGAACGGUUAGUGAAUCUCAAAACCCACUUUUAUCCAGAGAGGACCAUUGGGAUGAAGAAGCAAGUGACGAAGAAAAUCCAGCUUCCUAUGAAUCGUCAGACAUUACCAUUCAGAUAGAUAAAUAACUUUCUACAGGGCUCAAGAGGAACAGUUUUCAUGAAACGGGGGAAGUCAUUGGAAAUUGUAACCUGGAAUGGCCUCUACUCUAUUCAAAAGAUCUAGCAGCCAAGCUCCCUGUUCUGGCACAUUUGCAGCUGCAGAAUUCAAACCUCAGGCGCAGCAGCUCAUAACCUGCCAGUGUUUUAAGGAUCUGCUGUUUUUUGGAGAGUUGGAAUUAUAAUGGGUAGAAAAGUGGACCGACAAGAAAGUUGGAAAUUAGGUAUAUUGAUUCAACUUGUGCACAUUUUACAGUACCAGAGCUUGGUUUGGAUUUUUUUUUAUUAUAGUCACUAAAUAGGAUUUUGUAUUAAUUCAGUUAGAGGGACACUUCUUCUAAUGCAUUAUGUAGAUAAUGCAUUAAAAGUGUGUGUGUGUGUGUGUGUGUGUGUGUGCGCG